GCCAAAGAGAACAGUCGGUUAUAUGAAAAAAAAAAUAUGAGUAAUUUAAAAAAUAUUUCUGUCCCACAAGCUGCUCAGGACAGAAUAAAUCAGUGAAUGAGUGACUUUUACAUGCCAUUUCAUUAACAUAUUCCUGCCUAGUGAAUAUUUAAAACUAUUUAAAAAUCGCAUAAUGGCUCUCGUAUGUGAUAAAAAAAGGUUUGCAUUAAUUUUUGUCGCCAGAAAUUAGGGUCAAAAUCGAUUUUUAUCCUCGCGAAAUCGCUAGGACAACGUGUCAAAAACGAUGGGGCGUGGACGGAGAGAUGCAACUUUCACACAAAUGCAAUUUUUUUUCCUCUACAGGGCAAUAACCCGAGGGGCCAAAAUCUAGCUAAACAUUCGCUUUGGUGGUUUUCGUUAAUUUUGAAAAAUCAGGGAGAAAACCCCAGCGAAAUAGCUGAAUUUUCGGCCUCUUUAUGCAACAAAGAAACUGUAUAGUGCGUCAUUCAGGACGCUUACAGUGUUGCCACGCUUAAUCCAUAUAAGGUAAAGAAACUUCUCUUUAAUUGCUAGCAUUUAAGUUUAAAAACAGUCAUUUUAGUUUUAACUAAUAUAAUAAUUUUACAUUUUAUUUACAAAAAAAAAUUUCGUUUAUUAUACGAGACUUUAUCGCCCCCCGAAAUAAUAUUUUGUCGACCUCGAUGGCAACAGGGCUUCGGCGAAAUCAAUGCCAACUUGGACAGCUAUGUUCCAAAAUUUUCUCAUAAUAUUUGUUUAGUCAAUAAUGGAAAAAGGCCUUGAAAUUGUUAUUAGUUAGUUUUUGAUAAGAAACUCAUUUUAAUUUGGUUAAAUGCCUAUACUUUUUCAAAAGUACCUACUUUUCUGAAACAAUAUUUUUAAUCUAUAGGGUAGUUUUUAAUUCAAAAAAUAGGUACCUACCAGGUAGAGGCAUUACAAAUUGUAGCUUUAAAUCCAGUGUCCAAUAAUAAUGCCUAAAUAUCUGAAUCUAAUUAUUAGUCAUUAGAUAAUAAUUAUUUUCUCAUUAAAUAAAAUUUUGGAACAUAGUUGGUCUAUUGACGUCAUCUGCUCACUCCGCAUAACAACUACGCCAUGCAUGAUUUUUAUGUCCCCUGGUUGACCUUGGAGGGUUUUUAUGGAAUUUUAUGGGUAUAGUCGUAUAGUCGAUUUUUAUUUUUCAUUUUCGUUGGGUUUUAAGCUUCGUCACCAGGGAAAAGUUGCACCAUCUUGCGUCCCGCCCAAAGAACUAAAUAAAUAGUGCAAACGCGGCAAAUUUAAAAAUAUAUAAUCGAUUUUGACCUGAAAUUAUUAUGACUAGUGUUAACCCUAGCGAGGAUGAUCCCGACGUCGAAGACGGUGAAAUCACCGACGAUGACGAAGCAUCAGAACCGACCCCAAUUGAACCCGUUGUACCAAACCCCGUUACCGCAGGCGCUCAACCCACAAUCCCAGUUAUCCCCAAAGGACCCCCGGGUAGCGUGUCUGACAGCGAAAGCAUCAGAGACGCGGGAGAACUCCAAUUCAAAGAGCAACGGUCCAGCGAUCCCGAGAGAUCGGACGACAAAGAUCGGUUUUCCGAUGGAAGAGAACGGGAUAGAGGGAGGAAAGCUAAUAGGAAGAAUAGAGGUGCUAGAGAUGACAAAAAUCAUAGACGAAUGACUGAGGCUGAAAGAAGUAUAUUGCAUUUGAGGAAAAGGGAGAAAAUGCAGAGGCAAAGGGAGAAGUGGGACAAGCAUCAUAGGAAGGAUGUUGAUCCUUUAGGUAUGGAUUUUUCAGAUGAUGAUUUUGCAAAAAAUAUCGAAAAAACGUUGGCCACGAUAUUGAACAAAAAAGAAAAAGAAGUGGCAGGUUUAAGCGGCGAAGAAACCAAAGACGACGACGAAAAGAGAGGCAAAAAACGUAAAAAUCAAAAUCGCGACAAAACUAAAAACAAACACAAACGUAUGGUAGUGGAUUCACCCUUUGCGGAAGAUAUUGACGAUAGCGAAAUGCUAAACAUGCGUAGUGGAUCGCCGAAUGCUGAAAUGCGACUAAAUCCUUAUCCAAUGGAGCAUAGAGGUUCAGAAGAAGAAAGUCUGCAUUCUGGAAACAGCGAGGAUGAAAGAGAGGAGCGAGCAAAAAGACGGAUGAACAAAAAUCGAAGAAAGAAAGAAAUCAAAAGAGAAAAAAAGGAGAGAGAUCAGAGACGAAACAAUAGCACUAAAAGGGAAGCUCAUAUUAAAUUGCUUCAGCAAGGGCAAGAAGAUGGGGAGAAAGUUUGCGUGUUUUAUUUGCAAGGAAAAUGUCAAAAGCAUGACUGUCCUUAUUCCCAUGAAGUGUGUCCUCCAAUGAAACUGGAACUAUGCAAAUUUUAUCUUAUGGACUGUUGUGCCAAAGGCGAAAACUGCUCUUACAUGCACAGUGAAUUUCCCUGUAAAUUUUAUCACACAGGCUUAAACUGCGAGAAUGGUAAAGAUUGCAAGUUUGCUCAUGGAAAACCAUUAUCACAAGGUCUAAAACAAAUCCUCUUCAAACACAUCGAGACUGCGCCCCGUGACAUCUUGCAAGGUUUCCCAAGACUGACACGCGACGAGGCUCUCAACCUCAUCAACCAAACUCAGAAAAAUAUGCACGAUCAACUCAACACAACCAACGGGUCCGAACCCGCUUCUACCACAACCACAUCUACAUCACCACAACAGGGUUUGGGGAUGUACAGGGAGACGAGCGCUACGGAGAGAUCAGGGUCGCCAGAGGAAUUUCCAGGUGGGAUACCGUCAUUGUUUGAUAUUAGCGUCCCGGUGCCCAGAGAGUUGGCCGAGGGAUUAGAUUUUGAGUCUCCCAAAUCAAGUAAGCAGAAAAAUAAUCGCUCAUGUUGGCAACAAGACGAAGAUUCAGGCUAUUUGGCAAAGAAUUUCAAUAAUUUUGGAACAGAUCUCGAUAUGAGAUUUAUUAGUAAUGGGGAUAUUGACAUGAGAACUCUCCCUCCGAUACAAUCAUCCACAUCUACAACAAUCAAUAAAGAUUCAGAAGGAGACGAUAGUGUUUCACAGGGUGAUGUGGAUAUCAGGAAUUUCACUAAGGAUGUUGAUCAUAGAACUUCGUUUGCCAGAAAUAUGGACAUAGAUAUCCGACAAAGACCUAGCGAAGAUCCAGAAACGAGCCAGAAUGGAAAUUCAAAAGAAUCCGAUUAUAAAUUCGAACUUCCUGCUGCUGCCAGAGAUUUACUGGCCAGGAUAACUGCAAAUCAGAAAGAUAGUCCUGCUGAUGCAUCAAUAGAAAGUAAAAAUCAAAAUUACGCAAAACCUGAUGCUUACGAAGAACAAAACAUCAACUGGUACUCGGAUGACGAUGAUGAUGACCGUUUGGCAAUCAACAUAGAAGAAGAGGAAAUUCAGAGGAGAGAAAGGGAAGACAGUACAUCAGAGAAUCAGGAGGAACCUGAGAAAAGUUCGUUCUUUUCUCCGCCCCGAAUCAACACCCAAACAGUGGACAUUGUCAACAAAUUGGGCGACCUAUCAAAAUUCGACAUAUCCGCCGAAGUGACUAAACUUUUAUCUUCAAUGAGUCAAAAAAAUAUUUUAGCAGCGCCAGCUGAGACAGCUACUGUGGCAAGUACGGAGUUCACUACGAGUCCUAGACCAGAAAGCGGUUUCAGUCCUAGAGGUCCUAUGCUAACUGAUCCUAGGAUAUCUAAACAGGGUGCAAGACAAGAUCCAAGACAGCAGGAUCCCAGAUUGAACGAUUCGAGACGGCCACGCCAAAGUUCCACGGAAACCAAAGAGAAAAAGUCAGAUAAAAUUAGCAUCUACGAACAAGGGGGUUUAGAUAUGAAAAGGGCCGCUUUGGAAAUUGAAAGAGACUUCAAAAACUCUGACACUGACUUGAGGAAUAUGCCUUUGCCGUUUAAAGGCAUGCAAAAUUAUACUCCAGCAACUGAAAUCGAUGGUAGUAUUAAUUCUCAUCCGCCCAUGGUAUGGAAACUUGUGAUUGUUGAAGUGCCAAGGCCUGAUUAUUCGGGUUUGAAAUUAAAUAUGAGCGAUGCUCAAAAGACAGGCGAUCCAAGAAUACGAAAAUUCUUCCGUUUGAGCAUUGAUGAAAAAGACAGUCCAGCAUCUCCAAAAGCCAGUCCAAAACAAAGCAGCAGUAGUGGAGGAGUCAGAAUCGAUCCCAGACUCAGAAAAAUCGAAGAGAAACCUCAAGAAUUGAUGUUGCAGGAUAAUGUAUCCCUUGUACAAAUGAACUACAACCAGCAAAUAGGGAUGUUGCAAUCGUCCCAAUUUUACCAGAGCUUAACCAGCCACCAGAAACAGAUGCUGAAUAAAGAGCUGGCCAGAGUCGAUAAGAGUGGCGGCGGCGGCCUAAAUGAUCCAGUUCUAAAUACAAUUCUAGGAACUUUGAAUUUGCUUCCACAGGCUCCUCAACAACAAAUUCAAGCUCCAUUAACAGGACCGAACAUGCACAUGGGCGCCGCAACAUCAAUACUCAACAACAUAAACAAAAUGAACCCGAUGCUUCAAAUGGGUCAGCCGGGCCUGUUAGGAGCAGCCCCCGGAAUACCCAACAUGCCUCACAAUAUUCAAUCGGAAUUCCAAAUGGGUUUCGAUCCGAGAGGCGGGCCUGGCCUGUUGGGAAACGCGCCAGCUGGUGCAGGUUUCGCACCUCAAUUCAACAUGGAUCAACAACCUCAAUUUAACAUAGAGCAACAGCCUCAAUUCAACAUGGACCAACAAUUUGGUAUGGAUCAAGCUCAGUUUGGCAUAGAUCAAGCUCAGUUUGGUAUGGACCAAUCACAAUAUGGCUAUAAUAAUGAUGAAUAUUAUAACAAUUAUAAUGAAGGAAAUAGUUCUCAAGGUGGACAUUUCAGAGGCGGGCGAGGUUUCAAUAAUAAUAAUAGGGACUCGAGAAGGCGGGGGAAUAGGGACGGGUUUAGAGGACGUCCAAAUAAUAGGAACUUCCAUAAAAGGGGCGGUAAUAGGGAUAAAGGUGAUAGGAACGACAGGGAGCGAAGGGGCAAUAGGGGGCACUCGCCAUCAUAGUGUUUACUUGAUUCUAUCAUCCAGGAUAAGGAGUUGCUGCAGAUGUUCGUUAAUAUGUGAUACAUAAACAAGUGGAUGAUAGAAUUUUGGAUUGAUGUAAAUAAUUUUUUGUAGUGCCAAAUAACUGUAAAUUGGUGUAAAUAUUCAUCCGUUUUGUAAUGUUUAAGACUGAAAAAAGUCAGCAAAAUAACAAUAUCCUUGCUUCCAUAAUAUUGACAUUGGGACUGAUAAGGGUAACCUAGGUUGUAAAUAAUCAUAUUUUCCAUUCCUUGGCAUGAUGUAAAUAAUCUAUUAGUUGACCAAAAAAUGUAUUUAUUUUUUUUUUAUAAAACUAGAAUUUCUUUUUUUAUUUUGUGGUUUGCCUGGAAGGCAAUUUUUUGGCGGAAUCGAUUAGUUUUUAAUAAUAGCAUAUAAGGACCUGCUGCUGCUUUUUAAUUUCAAGGAGAGUUUACACUUUAUUCAUGUAGAGUUUAUGUUUAAAGGAUGUAUAAAGUUAAUUUUAGAUUAAUAAAUGACCUUUUUGAGAAUAGCCCUUAUGAUAUUUAUUACAUGUAUAUUAAUUUUUAGAGAUUGGCAAGUGUAUACAUACAUAUUGGGUAUUUUCCCCUUUUGGCUAAAAACUUGGAAUUGUUUUACACAGUUUUUGGUGGGGUUCUGACUAACCUAUCAUAAUUUAUAUGUUAGUAUAGAAUAUUGUAACAAAAAUUCAAUUUGUUUUUUUUUUUUUUUUGUCAAUAAAAGGAGUUAGAUUACUUAUUAAAAUAUUUUAUUUUAUUGAGGAAUAUAUACUUGGAAAAAAGAAGGAAAUACUUUCAGGUCCUUCGUCCUUUUCUUUCCUUUAACUGAAUUUCAGACAAGGAAAGAAAAGGGUGAGUCAGAUAUAAUAAUCCAAUCAAAUUAGCCCAACUUUUGUAUAAAUUUCUGAAACCUAGUUGCAUAAAGAUAUACCUGAUAGUCUAAUAAACAUACAAAAUUAUUCAGUACAUAGACACAACAGAGUUAACAGAAGGGGUAGAGGUGUAUGUUAAGGAUUUUUUACUAAACUACAGGAUACAGGUGACGAGCAUCGGAAAUACCCAGCCUCCGGAAGAUAUUGAGACCAUCGCUUUAAAUUAUUAAAUAUACAGAUAUCGACUUAUAGGUUUUGCCUGGUCUGUGUCUAUAGGCCUCCAGAUAUUUCGUUGGUGAAAAACCUAGAAUUGAUUGACUAUUUAACACAACUAUCCAUAAAAAAUGAAAAUAUAAUUAAUUAAUAUAUUACUCUUCAUAAUGUAUAUUUGUGAUUUAUCAUCUAAGGUAACAUCGUCUAUAGCUUACUUUGCUGAAAACACUAAAUUGUUCGGCCACCCUAUGCAACAUCAGAUUGGAGAAGACUUGGGAAUAAUACAUGAAUGGACUAGAAAAUGGAUGCUGCGCCUUAACUCGAACAAGUGUACAGUUCUUCAUCUGGGAAAAAAUAAUCCGCAUACUCGGUAUCAGCUUGGAGAUUCUUUGAUACAAAGUGUGGAAUAGCAAAAAGAUCUUGGAAUUUAGGUCAGUGAUGAUUUAAAGUGGGAACCUCACAUUGCAAAUAUUGCUAAGAAGGCAAAUACACUAUUUUAUCUUAUACAACGAGCAUUCUGUGAUAACUCAGUAGAAAUGGUCCGAAAAUACAGUAUGCCUGUUCAGUAUGGAGUCCAUAUUUUGUUAAAGAUAUUGAAAUCCUUGAAAGAGUCUUGAGAAAAAUGACAAAAAUUUCUGAUGAAACCAGACAUUUAUCAUACCCGGAGAGAUUAGAAAUAUUUCAAAUAUCAUCUCUAAAAGAAAGACGAGAAUGUGGGGACAUGAUACAGGUUUUCAAAACUUCUAUAACCCAUUAAUUGAGCUUUCAUUAUUCCAUCUCAACGAAAGAAGGGAAUUGCCACCUGCUGAUCAGAAAAAACUUUAUAACAAAUCGGGUAGUAUAUAAGUGGAACUCGCUUGAGGAAGAAACAGUGACAGCUCCAAUGCUGUAAACGCAUUCAAGAGUAGACAACGAGCAUUAAACAAUCAAUUCAUGCAUUACAUUUAACGCGCAAUAUCCUUUUGACAGUUAGCUAUGAACAUUAAAACAACCAUAAUUAAAAAUAGAGCAAUAACACAUCGGUUUACCGGCUUUAUUGCUCGAAUAAUAAUAAUAAAGGUUCUAUUUUCAUCAUUACAAUUCGCAUUUUGGUUCUUUUGGAUUUGUUGAAAUUUCAUUCAGAGUCAAAGCAAAAAUAUGCUUCAAUGUUGAGCUAAUGACACUUAACUACUCACCUGAAUCCUAUAAAUAUUCUUAAGUUUAUAUUUGACCUACCUUUUUAUUUCUAUUAUUUAAUUAUUGUUAAAUAUACUACAUAUAUCAUUUUUCUAUAAUAAAAUACUUUUUGAUUUUUUAAAUUCUUCAAAGUCAUCAAGUUCUAUACAAACCCAUUUUAUAUUUUCCUUUAAAUUAACAGAAAUUAAAACCACAAUCAGUGUUUGAUAAAUUUACGUUCAUAUAAUUUGUCACACAAGUAUCACAGGCAAAUAGAAACUAGGGAUAGGACUUAUUAUUGAAACUAGUUUCAGAGCAAGAUUUUGCAAUUAUUGCCAACACAUAAAUCAAAUAUGUUUAUUUGAAAGUAAUUUACCAACUCUGCAAAUAAACCAUUAAAAUUGACAGCCUAAUAAAGCUAAAAGCCAGCAUAGUUGUCAGCAAUUUCCACUCAGUACAAACGCACUACUGAAUAAUAAACCAAUUUCAAUGUGAAAAAAGAAAACAGCAAUAUAUUAUAACUCAAAAGAAAAAACUAAAUAACUAAAUUAUGCCUACCCUUAGUACAUAGUACCAUACAUACACAACUUAAUCGGAGUAAAUAAAAUUUUUGCACUAAAUUUAUAAACCAAAAAAUACCUCUAGAUGAUUUUCUGUGGAUCUGCUACAGGUUUCUGAGAAAUUAUUUUGAUUCCAGAAUUGGCCAGUCCGUAAAACUCCUUUGGAGAGAGUCUCGGGUUGGUGCUGGUAAACUUCCAACCGACAUGAUUUCCACAGUUGGAACAUUGCAUUAUUGUCCAUGC